UUGUAGUGCGCUGCCUCUGGAUUUGCACUAGGAAGGCGCCGGUGGGGGCGGGACUAGGACUUGUUGCUAUAGUAAUGAGCACGCCGUCGUUGUGGUGGUGGUUGCCAUAGUGACGCGGCUCUGACAGGACAGCGGGUAGAUGAAGAUGGCGGUGCAGCAGUGGCUGGAGAGUCUGCGGGCAGCUAAGAAGACCUGCAUCCUACAAGAUGGCAGGAGGAAAGUGCACUAUUUGUUUUCUGAUGGCAAAGAAAUGGCAGAAGAAUAUGACCAGAAGACACACGAGCUGUUGGGAAGAAAAUGGAGACAGAAGUCUGCCCUGGGGGCAUAUGGUCAAUGGCAGAUUGAAGUGGGGGAAGCAGUUCCCCCAAUUGUUGGGGUUCUACAGCAAGACUUCUUAAAGGAGAACAGUUCAAAUCCAGUUUUUAUGAGGAAGGACACAAAAACAAGUUUUCAGUGGAGAAUCCGCAAUCUUCCUUAUCCAAAAGAGGUUUACAGUGUUACAGUGGACAAGAAAGAGCGAUCCUGCAUUGUACGGACAUCUAACAAGAAGUAUUAUAAAAAGUUUUCUAUUCCAGACCUUGACCGAUGCCAGCUUGACCUGGACGAGAGUUCCCUGAGUUUUGCCCAUGCAAAUAAUACUUUAAUCAUAACUUAUCAAAAACCAAAGGAGCUUCUCGCUCUGGAAGAAGAACUGCAGAAAGAACUGAAAUCGAUGAAGUCCACUUCUGAUGGGGACGUUGACUGCAAAACUCAGUGACCUGUUAAAACUUUUUGUUAUCUUUAUAGUUUUGUAUUUAUAGAAAUAAAUCUGUAUCACACAA